CUGAUAAUUUACACAAGAUUUGGCAACUAACAGAAACCGACAAUCUGCAUUCCAGUGGGUUCCCGCGACUCUUAUAGUCGAAGAAGAGCGAUGAGUGUUAUGGUAGUGGGUGCAGCGAGACAGUCAGAUGACGUUGACUACUUUCACUUCGCAGUCGGAGAAGUGGUGCUGGUCAAGUGGGAGGAUGGGAAGCUCUACUACGCCAAGUUGAAGAGGAUUGACAGAAGAACGAAGAAAUGUGCUAUCGUAUUCGAAGAUAACUCUCGGGGCGAGGCGAACUUUGGACAGAUCCACAGCGUCAACGAGACGACGACCGAAAUCGUGUGCAUCGUGUGCAAGGGCGAGUCGUCCGAAGCUCCAAAUGAGAUCGUACUGUGCGACAAGUGUGCAGUCGGCUACCAUCAGCUGUGUCAUCAGCCUCCUAUUCCUGAUACGGCUCUGAAAGAAGACGAGCCGUGGGAGUGUACCUACUGUCACAGAAGUCAGAGCAAUCCUCACGUCUCAGAGGCCAAUCCCUUUCUUGAAAGACCACCUCAACCGAAGAAGCGCAGAAUUUUAUCUGUGAGUGCAUCUCGCCAGAGUAGAACACAUCGAGGGUCAUCACCGAAACAGUUGUUAGCACAAGGCAAUUCUUCUGCUCUCUGCAUUCAGAGAACUCUACCGAGUGGUCUGGUGGUUCAUGGGCGAGGUGUUGUUGCACAGACUGGGUCGCCUCCUGGUCUGAGUAACAGAAGUGACCAGACAUCAAACGAGCCUCUUCAGAAGUCUGUCAAUAGUGACACUGUAAACAGUCAUGACACAAACCCCAACUUGGUUAUGUCUCCUGUUAUGUCUUCGGCUACAGUGACAGCUACAGUCACGUCCCCACUCUGUAACUCAUCGUCGUCAAGCCAGACAGCAGCAGGCAUAACUAGUCCAUCGAUGUCUAGUACUGCGAACAGCGAUGUCGCUAUGAGCUUGUCGCACUCGGAUGCUCAACAUGAAGUACAGUCUCCAGUCGGUAACAGCCAAAAGCAAUUGGAAGGUAGCACUGAAAUCGGACAACAACAAACGUGUCUAAGCAAUGAAACGAAUGAUUUGACUUUGUCAAGUGAACCUCCUCCUACUAAGAAGAAUGAUCAGUCAAAAGGGACUGGAGCAGCUGCUGCCAAACACCGUUUUGGUGGACCACCUGGCAAGGUCAGACGUCCUGGUUCAAGAGCUACAGGGGGAUCUCCAAGAACAAGAACACCGAACCGAACCACCGGCAGAAUCAGUGUAUUUAUGAAAGGUCGAUUGCAGAGAACUGGAACUUUAAGGACUGGUGCCUCAUCCUCUCAGACAUUAAAGAGUUCUCCUAUUAUGGCCAGCAGGGCUCCACCAGUUCUUCCGAGACUCAAGUCUGAUAGCCUAAAUGACUUAGAAAUCAAUCAGCAUGGGCGUGAACAGACGCAAAGUGUGAGUACAAGAAGGCACUCGGUCUCUGUUAUAUCACCAACCAAAGUGCAAGGUAGUCUGUUGAGUUCUCCUAAUGACAUACGGUCUCCAUUGAAAGUGACUCCACCAAAUAUUAUAGCUGCAAAACCAGUUAGUUCUUUUGUGGCUGUCAAGAGAGAAGUCCCUUCUCCCGGUCUUUGGGACCAUGUUGCUUCUGCUCCAGUAAAGAAAGGUGAAUUAUGUGAUGAGAAAUUGAAAGAAUCAGAAGAAAGCGUGCAUGAAGUAGCAUCACAACACAAUUUGUCACCAUCUACAGAAACGAAUUCUCAAGACAGUGAAGGAAAUGUGAUGACAGAAGAUACCCAAGAUGGCGGAGAAAUAGCAGACCCUAGUACUCCAUCACAGAGAGCUCAGAAACAGACUGGUUUGGAAAUGAGUGAUGAUCCGCUCCUACCAAGGUGGGUUGUUAGGGCCAAUUCAACGUGGCGCCCUGAAAAGCCCCUUACGCUAGAAAUGCUACAAAAAAUGAGUCGAGAGAAGACGUUCUCAGAUGCUAAGGAAUUACAGUCUCUUCCGGAAGUACCGGCUUUGUCAAAGAACAAGACGUCUGCAGGAGACCAGUCGGGGUCUGAUGUCGUUAUGCAAGUCAACAAGCUACCUACUGAAAGGUCUAGCGGACCUCCCUGUGACAGUGUCAAAGCAAAGCCAGCAGAAACAUCAUCACCGAGGCCGUGGGAUGCGGAACUGCGCGUGUUUACGUCUUCUGUGGGGCAGUUGGACUCUGAGGCUGCUUUUGAAAAAAUACGGCAACAGGUUGCUGAGACCAAACGGCGAAGAGAGGCACAGGAGAAGAGUAACAGGAACAACUCCGCCAAAACACCUCGUAUAGGAACAGGAAACGGUGUGUCGCCUUCGAAUACUGGGGGCAAACCCGGCAGCUCGUUUACGCAGAGGCUGGACGAGGAACAGUUUAGUUUAUCCAAGCCUUCAAAGGCAUUACACAAGGAAUCGCCCGGUAAGUCUUCUGGAAAGGCGAGGUCGGUAGGUCGUGGUAUUAUUGAGUAUUCGUCAAGGGAAUUACAAGAGAAGACUCUACAGCAGCUAUUUGCGGACGUAAAUCGACGAAUGCAGUCGGGAAGUUGGACGGGUUCGGUCGACAGCAGACCUGUCGAGUCUUCGACAGCCGAUGACAGCUGUGUACGAGAUUUUCAGCCGCAAAUUUUGUCGAUUAGUGGUGUUAGCGAUGUUUCCGGACGUGCCAGUUGGGAGACGACGACGUCCUCCGAAACGUCUACGCCUUCGGCUGUUUUUCAGAAAUUUUUGCCACCAUCAAUCGCACAGUCGACGUACGACAGGAAAUUUGCUCAAAUGGACGAAACCGAAAUUAUGAAUCAGUUUGAAGUGAGUUUUGUCAGCAUUCGAAUGCCCGAACCACGACCAAAAGCCAACACUAAAACUCAAACUAACCCCACAACUAGCUCCCCCGUGAGUAGUCCCGUAUUGACACCCGUGCCACGCGCUCCGUUACAGGCUGCUCCGCAUGCGCAUGGGCCACCUAUGCCUACGGCGGUGAACUCACCGAGUCUAUCUCACCGCAGCUCGCACACUCGCUCGUCCACUUCUCGAGAGACUCACGGUGCUACUCGUCACUCAAGCCAGUCCGCUCAUGUUUCACAUCAACCGCACUUGCAUCAGCAUCAUCAACCGCUCCCGCAUCAACAUCAGCAUCACUCUCAACCUCAAACAUCGCACCACCGUCAAGUCGUACAGCCGCAACACCUACAGCAGCUACAAGAGCAUCACCAUCAUCAAUCUCACUAUCACCAAACGCACCCGCCGCCUCACUUUAGCCAUCAUCCUCGUCAUCAGCGCCACUACAGCGCCACCGAACCCUAUGCGCCUACCGCAGUCGUUCCUGCUGCCGUUCAGAACGUUCCUAUUCCUUCUCCAAUAGUGACUGUAGGACCAGCAGUUCAAAUACCAGGAGCCGGCAAAGUUGCUAGUCCAAGACUCAAUCCGGUUAUGACAAACCCGUACGACGCCACACUUACGUCUGGCGGGCACGUCGUCCCUGUCGGACCGGUGGCAGAAGGUUCAAUGAACGGAAGUCAAGGACGGCGAGGGAGUCGUCGCAGCGGUCUUACGGCCCCGCAUUAUUGCAAAGUUUGUGGCCAAAUUGCGGCUUAUCUCUGCUCUGGAUGUCAGAGGGCAUGGUAUUGUAGUCCGAGAUGUCAGAUGACGGAUUGGCAAACGCACAGCAAGAACUGCGAACACGGCAAGUGAACGUUGUCCCGAGUAGCUUACUUGACGCUCUUGUUGUAACGGACGGUUUGUAUUUUGGUUAAUUCUAAUUAAUGUUAUAGCGGGCUUAGCUAUCGGUUUCUACUGAAACGCUCUUUAGUAAUUCAUAUCUUGUUGGUAUAUAA